AUGAAUUCAUUGCACUCUCGAGAUGGGAUCUACAGGCGAGAUAGUGACGGCAUACUUAUGUCCUCCCGUGGCGAGCAAGCCUUGGUUAUAAGCGUUGUGUUCACGGCCUUGGCAACAUGCUUCGUGACGAUGAGGAUGUAUACUCGUGUAAGACUUAUGAGACGAGUGGAGGCAAAUGACUGGAUGGUCAUUAUCGCACUGGUGAACUCAUAUGUCUUCAUGGGUCUCGACAUUGUCGAAUGCGUUAGUGGCAUCGGGACACACAUUAAAGAUAUCCCACCACCCAUCCUGGAGCGACAGUUGAAGGCCUUUUGGCUCACCAUUCCUUUCUACAACGCCGCCGUUCUCUGCGCCAAAGCCUCGAUUCUAAUGCAGUACUGGCGAGUCUUCCCAACCCACCGCAUGCGUGUCGUCUGCUGGAUCAUGAUCACCAUCCUCGCCAUAUACGGCACAUGGGCGGUGAUCAGUGCAUUCCUCAACUGUAUUCCCGUCGCCAAAUUCUGGGACCCUACAAUCGAAGGUUUCUGUUUGAACAAGACCAAGCUGUGGUUCUCCAAUGCUAGUAUGCAUAUCGCAACCGAUAUUGCUAUCCUGAUCAUUCCCAUCCCGGCUUUAAUGGCAGUCGACUUGCCCCGAAGACAGAAGGUUGCUUUAAUGAUCAUGUUCGGUCUGGGUGGCUUUGUCUGCAUUACCAGUAUUGUCCGUCUAGUCAGCCUGAAAAAGAUUGCCGAUUCAUCCGAUCCCACCUUCGAUAACGUCGGCGCUGCCUCCUGGUCCGCCAUAGAAUGCAACACAGGCAUAAUAUGCGCCUGUCUACCAACCCUGAAACCCCUCAUCGCCCGCAUCUUCCCAGGAAUGAUAUCUACCUUCAAUGCCAGUCGUCCCACCCGCGGCGACACAACCCAGCGCAACUCCGAGUGGAACGGUGAUGCAUCAACUCUCGGCGCACCCGGCGAGGAACACGAGUACGGCGCUGGCGACCCGGAGCGUGUUCUCGCUCUUGUUCCUGGUACUGGGCUUAGAUCUAGUCUUAAGCGCUGGACGCGAGAGGAGGAGAAGAAGUUGACACAGAUUGCUGCGAUUUCUGCGCCUCGUCCUAAUAUGAUGAUGCACCCUCGUGCUUUCCCACCAGCUUUUCCUCCGGCUUCGGGGGUACCGUUUUAA